CAGAAAAUAUCUUUGAGCGCCAUACUUUUCCAUUUGAUAUCAAUUUUCAUAUGUUGGACUGGCAUAAAUGCUAACAGAAAAUGAAUGAGCUAAACCAGCUAAAAAACAAAGUUAAUGACAUAUGUAAAGAUUUGUCUGAGAAGGGAGAAGAAUCAUUUUUUGUGACGGUGAAUAUAGAACAGACGACAUGUUUUGUAAUGGGAUCAGAUAUUGGACUGAAAUGGUUGGACUCUCAGAGCAUGAUGAUCCAAGAUUUCUUUCGUUAUGUGUCCGGAUUAAGAUCGAGAAGUGGAGCUUCAUCGAAAGAGUCACCAAAAAAAGAAAGUCAAAAUAUGGACAAAACUUUGGAUGAAGAGGCAAACCUAGGGUCAAUAAAGGAAGAAGUGACUGAUCCUUCAACAGAAGUUGUAGUACUUGAUUGCUUAGAAACUGUUAGUGGUACAGUUCAGAAUACAGUCAGUGAACAAACUGGCACAGAAGAUUCAAUUUCGCCUGCAACUAAACAGCAAAUUAUUGAAUGGAGUUUUGAAGAAACCAGGGAUUUUUAUGAGCAAGUGAAAAAGCAUGGGUAUGGAAACUGGAAUAUCAUCAAGGAAGAUUUGAACACUUCUAGAACAGUUGACCAAUUGAAGGAACGAUGGAAAUUCAUGAUAAAAGACCAAACUUUAAUGUCGGAAUUUAAUUUUGGAAAGAUUAAGAAAAGCUUGGUAAAGCCAGUAGAAGAUUCAAAUGUGAAUAAAGGAUUAGUACAAGCUAAAACAAAGGCAACCACUUUGAUAUGUUCAGUCAAGCAUGGAGAAGAUUCAAAUGUCACAGAUGUAAAUGAAGGAGCAGUAAAAGAUAAAACAAGGGCAACCACUUUGAAAUGUUCAGUCAAGCAUGGAGAAGAUUCAGAAGUCACAGAUGUGAAUGAAGGAGCAUUAAAAGAUGAAAUGAAGGCAAAAACUUUGUCAAUUGCCAAUGAAUUUAAAGAUAAGGAAAGUGAAUUGCAAAAAGAUACAGAAGACAAAACAAAGACAGCAUAUGAAAACAAAACUGCUCAAAAUGUCACCAUAGCAAGUAACCUCAAUCAGGAAGUUGUAUCUCCAAUAUCAGUUUCUUCGGUGUCUUUACCAGUUAGUGAGAGCACAAAUUCUUUGAAAUUGUUAGCAAAGACCACAAACUCUCCUGUUAAAACUCAUGAAAGUCUAAUAUCAAGUUUUGAUACUACAACAACACCUUCAUCUGAAAAUAGAGCAAAUAAACGAAAGAUUACGAUUGAAAGUUUGUCAGAAUUGGAUGAUGAAGAUGAAAAUAAUGUAUCACCAGCAUCCGAAUCAAACAGAGCAAAAAAACAAAACUUAUUAAUUGAAAAUUCUUCAGAAAAUAAAAAAUUGAGAGUGCAAGUGAAUUCUUCAAAAAAUAAAGAUGCAAAUACUGAAAAAUCGACAGAAAAUAUGAAGAACACUGCACACAGGGCUUUAAGUACGAACGAUAAUACUCAGCAUGCUUCAACUCGGCCAAGACGAACACCAAAGCCAAAGAAACUUUUCAAUAUGGAGUGCUAUGUCAAGUUAGAAAAUAUCAACAAAAUGAAUGUGGCAGACUUAAUUUAUGGAGCCACUACUAACGAGCCAAAACAAAAUCUGUUAGAAAAUCGUCACAUAAAAAAAGAGUCAGAAGAAAAAUCAAACCUCAGUUUGCUGUCACAGAUGAGUAAAAGUGUUACAAGGGAAACCAAAGAGGCCAUGGGCAAUUCCCAAGGAAGAGAAGAUAUAAAUGAAGAAGAGGAUCUGGAUGCAGAUAUCAGAUCAGUAGAAAUUGAUCCAACUUUUCUUGUCCAAUCAGAACAGUCCUCAAAUGAAACUUCUGAAAAUGAUGUUAUAGAGGAAUCAGUAUUUGAAGAAAAUCCUAAGAAAAAACUCAAAUCAACUAGAAACUCUAAAGAUAAGGGCAAGGUAAUUGACAAGAAAAUGUUACUAGAAAAUCAUAAGAACAAUAUAAGUAGUCGUAUUAAACGAGCUAGAAAACGUGAAGACAGUCACAUCCCUUGUCCAACAUGUGACCUUAUGUUUAGUACAAGUAAAGGCUUCAAAAGGCAUCUUAGAGUUUGUCAGGUGGUCAAAUGUCCACAAUGUGACAAGGAGUUUAAGUCUAUGGAGGAGUUUGAAGGACAUGUCGAGGUUCACGAGGGGGAAGAUUUACAUGGAUAUCAGUGUAUUUAUUGCGACAUGCAAUUCCUAUUGACAAGUCAACUGAGGAAGCAUGAGAAGACACAUUAUGAGUUCAAGUACAAGUACCAGUGCCAACUGUGUCCGAAGUCAUACAAUAGUGGUACCAGUUUACGUCAACAUAUACGGGAAGGACACAAGGAAUCAAGGAUUUGUUGCUUGGUGUGUGGGAAGUUUUGCGAUUCAGAAUUUGAUUAUAAUCAACACAUGAGUGGUCAUCAUAUACAUAGGAAGAAAAUGAGCACAUUUUCCUGUAAAAAAUGUGGAAAGACUUUUGAACAGUUGUACCAUCUGAAAAGGCAUAAUCGAUACUUUCAUAAAGCUAUUGGAGAGCGUAUUUGUAAAUUAUGUUUGAAGAUAUGUAAAGAUAAAGAGGAGUACCAAGAACACAUUAAAGAGCACGAAUGGGAUAAGCCAAACAUGUGUAGUUUCUGUCGUGUACCUUUUCCUUCAAAGGAACAGCUAGAGGAACACAUUCGUGACACACAUGACAAAGGUGUGCGAUAUAUGUGUGAAGUGUGUGGCUUCCAAGCUAGUUGUUCCCUUGAUAUGAAAUAUCACAAAUAUGAACAUGACGAUAGCAUGCCACACAUGUGUGAAGUAUGUGGGAAAGGUUUCGCUUUGAAAAGUAAAUUAAAAAGCCACAUGAUCAACCAUCAAGAGGAAAUGCCUUAUGUCUGUGAGGUAUGUGGAAAAAAGUUUAAGAGGCGAUCUACACUUCGUAGCCACAGCUUCGUACACAGUGACGGGAAGAAGUGUCAAUUUUGUGAGAAAGUCUUCCGUUCCAUAGGAGGCUGUGACUACCAUAUUGUCAGGGUUCAUUCUCACUUAGUCAACGUAGACAACUACAAAAGGAAUCUUGUGAAAUGUGAGGAAUGUAAUAAAUUUUUCCCGUCAAAAUACACUUAUGAUCAACAUCAGAUUAAACAUUUAAAGGAAAAAUCAUGGAUGUGCGAUCUUUGUGGGAAAAAAUUCAAAACACAAGCACAGUUAGAAAAACACAAACCUAACCAUGAAUUGGUAAAACCUUUUUACUGCCAGUGUUGUGAAUGUGCAUUUAUAACUCAAUCUCGACUUGACGCUCACGUUAAAACAGAAAAGCAUAAAGAAAAUGUAAAAAGAUCUGAGGAUCCUUUGGCACAAAAUGUCAAUGUCCAACAGGAGGGAGUUAUACAACAAGGAAUCUUGAACCAACAUGGAGGUUUUCAACAGCAGGAAAUGUUACAACAAAUGGGUAACUCACCACAGCAGGGAAUACAACAACCAAUGAUAAAGGCAAAAAAGAUGAAGAAGACUGUUGCAGUUCUUCAGAAACCGAGAAGAUCUGCUGCUGCUGCAGUCCCCAAAAGUGUCAAUGAUAAUGUUGGCCAGGAAUUUAUAGCGAUAAAUAAAGAUCUUGAUCUUGAAACAUCAGCUACGGUAUAUGACUAUCCCGAGAAGACAAUCAUAAUCAUUGGAUCAGACAACAUUAGUGGAGACAUGGAGUAUGAAAUGCAGGGCGAGAUUGAGUAUAUCCAGGAGGGGGAUAAACUUAUUCCGACCAUUAAUGGCAGCGAGAUACAGAUUGUUGACGAAGGCAUGCAGCCAGUUCCUGUACAUAUGGUCCAAAAUCAAGUAAAUUGUUAACUUGAAGUACUUAUGACAUUUCUGAUCAGGUUUGCCUUAUUCAUUUGUCUAUAGAAGUAUUUAUACUUUUGGAUAUUUAGCUUAAUUUGCUUCAAAUGACUAUCUCUAAAUAACCUUCUGGCCUCAUGCAACAUUCACUUUUUAAUUGUGACGUCAAAUAUCUUAAUUUGUGAUGCAAAAUUUUACAGCAACUUGUUCUUGUUUGACUUGAAGUAAUGGCGGACAAACUUGUAUACAAGUGUAAAUAUGUCUAUUGUGAGCUUGGGCUAGUCAUUUCUUUAUUUUUGACAUACUUUUCUUCCUGCUCUUGGUAGUAGGCAAGAUCCUUUGUACAGUAUUUAAUUUUUUUCAAUUGCCUCUGGAAUUGUUGUAAAGUGCUUGUCUCUAAUGAAGGAAUUUGUCAAUAAGAUAGAUCCUUGGAUGGGUCAAACCACAGACUUUAUAAAUGCUUUUAUAAUUAGUAAGAAUAAAAAAACUGAUUUAAUUAUUCAUGUUAUUCAUGUCAUCAAUCAAUCAUGUUUUAUUGUCAAGAAAUUAUAUUUAUAUUCAUCGUGUUCCAAUGACUUUCAGUCUGAGUAAUACUUAUACAAAUCAGGUUUAUUUACUGAAAGAUGUAAUAUUAACUGGUAUAAGACUAAGUAAUUUUAUUUAAGAUUGUAGUUACUUUUUCAAGGUUUGGAUAAUCUCCCCUUAAUAUUUCCAAAAAUUUACUUAAACAAAUAAUUUGUUUCUACAACCCUUGAAAUUCUCAUAUUUUAGAAGGACCAAACAUGCCUUUAACAUUUUUUCUGGUUUGCUUAGUCUUUUCAAUUAGAUUUCAAUCUUUUGCAAUAUUUAGCUUAAGAACUAAACAAAGAAUCUAUGCAAGGCCUUCAAAAAUUUUUCCCUUGAACCUUGUAAAUGAGCAGUAUUUUGAAGAUUACAAACAAAUGAGAUUUUCGUUGUCCAUGAAAUUAUACUUUUAUGAAUAGUAAAGACAACUAUUAAUGAUAGACAAUUAAAAAUAAAUUAUAGUUCUGAGUCAAAAGAAAUUCAAGAAUAGAAGAAAAGAUGACCAUUUUUACUUAUAUAAGUAGGGAAAAAAUCUGAAUGUCUAAAGGAUAUGUAACUCUACCUCUAAAAUAAUUUACCUGUAGAAGAAAAAUGAAUAAUACUUUUUUAAUUAUAGCCCCUAACAGACUUUUAGAAUUUAAUAAUGAAAUGUUUUCUUUUUCUGAUAUUUUUUUAUUUCUUGGUGAAAUCCUCUUUCUUUUAACAGGAAAUAACAUAACACUUGAUGUUUCUGUAACUUAUGCCAAAGUUUAUGAGACUUGUAUUUUUCCCUAUUGAUAUUUUUUUAUUUGCUAGAAUUUGCUACACUAGCUAUGUAUAUACAUGUUUGUAUUUGUAAGAAAAAAGAUGCUUGUAAGCAUUAUUUUUUUUUAACCUGUUGAGAACUGGAUGUAUAUUAAUGGCAAUGGCAUUGCCAUUGUCUGUCUGUCCAUUCAUCAGGCCUUUGUAAGAUGACUUAGUUUUUUUAACCAAUAUUCAUGUUAAUUAACAUAACAUUAGGAUUGACAGAAGAAAACUACUUUUCCACUAUGUUCUUCCAGAAUUACAAGACUUUACUAUUAGAUUUAAUGCAAUUUUUCACAUAUCAUGCACUAUAACUUCAUUAUGCUUUACAUUAUUGUGGGGAUUGAUAAAUGGAAGUUCCCUUUCAUUUAAUUUCAUUUUCUGGUUUCUCUUUUAUGUAAAAUUUUCACUUGUUGUACCAUACACUUGAAACUUUAUGUUAGUGUUGGAAUUGGUGAACAUAACAAACUGUUCGAUUUAAAAAAAAAAGUUCUGAUAUGUCAUUCCAGAGUUAUGGGAUUUUUACUGUUAGAUGUUUAAAUGUCAUGCAUUAGCUCUCGUAUGUGUAGAUCAAACUCAAAUUACUUCAAAAUUAACACUAUGGUUGGGAUUGGAGAAUGUAGACUUGCUCUUGAAUUUAAAAUUUUCAGGUUUUUCAUUCCAGAGUUAUGGGACUUUUAAUUGUCAUAUUUGACCCAAUAUUUACAAAUUUUUAAAGUAUCUUCAUGCCAUGAAGGCAUCAACAAUUGUUCAGUUUUCUGCUUAAGUUAGUUUGAUAAAAACUACUUGUGAUAGAUCAUUGAUAUUUACAACUAUUUUGAGGCCCUGCCCCCUAGGCCAUGGUCCAGUGACUUUGAAAUCAUUAUUGAUUAGCAAUUUUAAAUAUUAAGUUUUCUGCUAAGUUAGAUUGAUAGGAUCUACUUGUGAUAUAUCAAUGAUAUUUUGUAUGAAGUUGCAUUACUAUCAGUACAUAUCAGUUUGAAGACUAUUUGGAGGCUGUGCCCCCAAGGCCAUGGUCCAGUAACUUUGAAUUAAUUAGCAAUUUUAAAUGUUAAGUUUUCGGCUCAAGUUAGAUUGAUAGGAACUACUGGUGAUAGAUCAAUGAUAUUUUGUGUGAAGUUGCAUUGCUAUCAGUAUAUAUUAGUUUGACAACUAUUUUGAGGCCCUGCCCCCUAGGCUAUGGUUCAGUGACUUUUAAUUAAUUACCAAUUUUCAAUGAUAAGUUUUCUGCUUAAGUUAGUUUGAUAGGAACUACUUACAAUAGACAAUAUUUUCUACAAAGUUACAUUGCUGUCUGUACAUCUCAGUUUGUCAACCACUUUGAGACCCUACCCACUAGUUGGCCCAGUGACUUUGAAUUAAUUAGCAAUGUUGCUGUCCAUCAGAUUGUCUUUUUCUGAAUUUUAUGCCAACAGGCGAGACAUAUCUCUGUGUCAACCGUUUAUAUUUGCUUCUGAUUAAAUGCCAUCUAAAUAUCCUAUUUUAUUUGUGCAACAACUUUGAUAUGAACAAUAAGGUGGUAUCAUGUGCUCUUUGCACAGCUGCUUAUUUUUAUUGUAACAGAAUGUCUAUGCAAUAUAUUGUCAAAAUUGUGAAAAAGUAAAAUUGUUUAAAAAGAUACAGAGUAGAUUUUUUUAUACAACAAAUAGUGCAAUAUUAAGAUUUUUUUACACAUUUAGUGAUUUUUGUUUUUAUGUUAUUCAAUAAGUUUAAGCUUUCCAGAAAAGCUUAUCUUACCCUGACAUUUUCUCAUCAUUAUUAACUGAUGUAACCUGUAUGUGUGUGGAAACAUUUUUGAAUGCAUCUUCUUCAUAGAAUUGUAGUUAGUUACAUAAAGUGUCUUAGUGCUGAACUCUUUAAUUAGCCAUAUUAGUAUACAAUAAAAGUUUUAAAAAAAA